UCAAUUGUUGUAUACAAUAAAAUGUGUGUUGUUGCUGCUGCUCCGAUUUUCUUUUGUUUUCCUUUUUUCGAAACUUAUUCUAGUUCGCCGCUGCCGCUGCCGCUGCCGCUGGUUUUUUCUCAAUAUUUCGUACGCUUGGCUGGCUGCUUGGCGGCUGCUUUCGGGCCCACUUUUUUUUUUUUUUUUUUUUUUUUUUUUUUGGGUGGGAACAAUGUGUAUGUGUGAACGCGGAGAAUUCAGUUUUAGUACAAAUUCGGCGCAGGAACGAGCAACGCGCCCUCUCGCCGACCACAAAGUACCUCGCGAUGUUCCCGCCCGGCCAGAGUCCGCUUCCGAUUUCGAUACCGCUUACGAUGCCGCUUACGAUGCCGCUGCCAGUGGCGUAUGCGAUCAGAAAGGCCGAGCAGGACGAGCAGGGGAUUCCCCUGGCGGAGAGCCUGGACCUCGACGGGGACGUGGACGUGGACAUGGACCCCAGUCUCAAUCUCGAUCUGAAUCUGAAUCUCAACCUGAAUCUGGAUGACGGACGGCAGGUGCUGUUCAAGGGCUACUCGGACGAGCUGCUGACCUUCGCCUGGGUGGCCUGCAUCGUGUUCAUUAUCGUGGGCGUGCCCGGCAACCUGCUGACCAUCGUGGCCCUGUCCCGGGGAAGACAGACCCGCAACUCGACGGCCAUCUUCAUCAUCAACCUCUCCUGCUCGGACCUGCUCUUCGGCUGCUUCAACCUGCCCCUGGCCGCCUCCACCUUCAAGGAGCGGGCCUGGACGCACGGCGACCUGCUCUGCCGGCUCUUCCCCAUGCUGCGGUACGGCCUGCUGGCGGUCUCCCUGCUCUCCGUCUCGCUGAUCACCAUCAACCGGUACAUCAUCAUCGCCCAUCCCAGGCAGUAUCCCAGGAUCUACCAGAGGCGGUACCUGGCCCUAAUGGUGGCCGGCACCUGGGUGACCACCUUCUCCAUCAUGAUUCCCACGUGGAGGGGCGUGUGGGGCAUCUUCGGGCUGGACGAGAGCAUCGGGUCCUGCUCCAUCCUGCACGACCACUAUGGCAGGUCGCCCAAGGAGUUCCUCUUCAUCGCCGCCUUCAUGGUGCCGUGCAUCUGCAUCGUGAUCUGCUACGCGCGGAUCUUCCUGCUGGUGCGCCAGGCGGCCAUUCGGGCGGGGACCGCCGGCAAGAGCACCGCCAGCGACGUGACCCCCAGUUCCACCACCCAGCACCACCAGCAGCAACAAGUGCAGAACCAGGCGAUGGCCAUGCCACGGAGGCCGGAGAAGGCCAGCUCGUCCAGCGGGGAGGCGCAGGAGCCGGGGGCAGGGCCGCCACGCCCCUUUGUGGUGGAGGAGGAGCUGGCCUACAUCGACGACGACGCCUCGACGGCCAGCCUGCCCAUCUCGUACAGCCUGCGAAGGAGGGAGCAGGAGCAGGAGCAGCAACUGCCACCCGUGGACGCCAACGUGGUGCUCAAGGAGCGCGAGAGGGAAAGGGAGAGGGAAAGAGAGAGGGAUAGGGAACGGGAGCAGGAGAAGAUCAGCCUGAGCCGCAGCCAAACGCAACUGGAGAUGGGCAGGCACGCCGGAAAGAACCCCAACCCCAUCACCACCUCGCUGCGCACCUCGUUCACGCGGUUCAGCCCGCGCAAGUCGCACUACGCCUCCAUGGGCAACACCUCGAACGCCUCCUCGAUCUACCCGGGCAGGAUGAGCGCCAAGGACCGGCGGCUGCUCAAGAUGAUCCUGGUGAUCUUCGUGUGGUUCGUCAUCUGCUACCUGCCCAUCACGGUGACCAAGAUCUGGAAGAGCGCCACCGAGGUGCACUGGUUCAACAUCGCGGGCUACCUGCUCAUCUACCUGACCACCUGCAUCAACCCGCUGAUCUACGUCCUCAUGAGCUCCGAGUACCGGCGGGCCUACUGGAACCUCCUGCGCUGCCACGGCUCGUCCCCCGAUCCGCACAAGCAGCGGACCCACGCCCACGCCAACGCCAAUGCCAAUGCCCACGCCAAGCGGAAGCUGCAGGAGUCCAGCCGCCAGCCGAAGGCCACCACGUGACUCCUCAGCUUCCGAGGGCCUAAGCCCAAGCAUCCAAACAUCCCCGGCGACCUCCGACCUCCGUCUCCGUCUCAGUGGGACUUGAUAUGUGUGUGCCAUGCGUCCGUCUAGUGUGGAAUGGAAUGGAAUGGAACGUGGUGGAAUGGAAUGGGAUAGAAUGGAAUGGGAUAGAAUGGAAUGGGAUAGAAUGGAAUGGGAUGGGAUGGGUUGGUAAGGAACGAG